CCUUUAAUCAUGGAAUUAAAGCCUUCAGAAAUAUAUUAUUCCCAGGAUUCCAUAAACAAUGUUUUUGGCCAAAGAUGUGAACAUAGCCACAAACUCAUUGGAGAAACUUUGGAUGAUAUUUGUGAAGAGAGAUGCAGCGUCUUCAAAAUACCUCUAAUUUUCGUGAAGUCAGUACGCCAAAAAUGGAUAACAGCGGACAAUCGUCGACUGUGGGUGUUUAAACACCUAGAGCGUCUCGGGAAAAUAGAAACGAUCAACGUGCGUCUAACCAGAUACAUACCAAAACAGAAAAUGAAUUCAAAAAACGGUGGAGUGUCUAUUAAAGUGAGAGGAUCCCCAGGUGGGAGCUGGUAUUUGAAACCCGAUAAACUAAUUACAUCUGAGCCAGAGGCACAUAAGACUAACAUACUUAAAGAACAGUCAGUGAGUGUUUCAAAUGAUCUGCGACACCGUCGUCCGACAUUAGCUUGGUCUGAAUCACAUGAUAGUGAAGAUGAAAUAAAGUCAUCCAGCUGUAUGCCAUUGUCUGAAACGGCCAUUAUUACUCGCAAAGAACGAUAUGUCGUUACCGGUCAAAAUAUGCAGAUACCUUAUGAAACGGGUAAAGAGACACAAACGAUUCAACGAGCAGCUUCAUCAAUUUAUCAUAUGUCUCCGUCGAACGCUGUAAAUCAAACUAUAAUUCAAGGGCAUAGACCAGUAUAUGAGACAGAUACUUUGAAAUCACAGAGUUCAGCUGCUAGUGAUGAGGUACUACGAAAAGCAACAACACGCCAGGUAAAAGGUUUAAGAAAAACAACUGAAUUUCCAACCCAAUUUCUCGACCAAAACUCCGAUAGCAAUGAUGAACUUAUACAACCUACCCUCACCAUCACGCAAAACACUGACAACUGCGGCAGAAGGUCUGUGAGACAUUCCUCGUUAGCAAACAACUCCGAACAUGACGAACAACUGAUAGAACGUAUUCGCGCAAUUGCUUUAGACAACGACAGCCACCACAGAAGGGCUGUUAAAAGAUCUUCAACAGAAAGCCAAUCCGAAAGAGAAGAUGAAAGCCUUUUCAGAAGGACUAUGAAAGAUUUCCCGACAGCCAGACAAUCUGUACAAGACGAAUCACUUAAACAACGUAACACUGCCGCUGUCAUAGCCCGAGAAAUCGAUAGACACGACAGCAGAGAUGUUCCACGAACCUCUGCAGCAACCAAAUCCGUACAGGACGAAUCUUUUAUAUCGAGUACCAGGGCAAUCUAUAAAGACGACUACAACAACGUCAAAGCCGACAGACAUGGCAUCGGGGCUGUUACACAAUCCUAUGCAGAAAGCAAAUCCAGACACGACGAAUCACGUAUACCGAGUACCCACACUAUCGUUCGAGAUUCCCCCAACCACGACAAAUAUAGAGGGGCUGUUAAACAAUCCUCGGCAGAAAGUCAUUCCGUACAGGAUAAAACAUUUAUAAAGAAUACCCGCCCAAAUCAACGAAAAAACGAAAGCUUAAUCAAAAUCAGUGUUAAACAAUCAUUGACAGCAAGCAAAUCCGUGUAUGAUUCACCUACAAAACAUACACACGUUGUCGACCAAGAUACCGGCAGACACCACAUAAAGACUGGUAAACAACAAUCGGCAGCAGGCCUUUCCGUAUAUGACGUUUCACCUUCACAACAUGCACGCGAUGUCAACCACGAUACUGACAUACAUAACAGAAAGGCUUUUAAGCAAAAAUUGGCGCAAUGCCAAUCGAUACAGGGCGAUACGCCUAUACAACAUACACACGCUGUCGACCAAGAUACCGAAGGACACUACAAAAAUACUGAUAAACAAUCAUUGACGGCAAGCCCUUCUGUACAGGACGAUUCACAUAAACAACUUACACGAGUAAUCUACCAUAUUACCGACAGACACCACCAAAAGAAUGUUGAACAUUCUUUGGCAGCAGAUCAAUUCGUGUAUGACGAUUCGCGUACACAGCAUACACACGUUGUCGACCAAGAUACUGACAUACACUACAGAAAGCCUGUUAAACUAUCAUUGACAGCAAGCCAAUCGGUACAGGACGAUUUACGUACACCACAAACACGUGUUAUCGACCAAGAUACCGAAAGACACUGCAGAAAGAACGUUGAACAUUCAUUGGCAGCAAGCCAAUCCGUGUAUCACGAUUCACCUACACCAAAUACAAACGUUGUCGACCAAUAUACCGAGAGACACCAUAGCAAGGCUGGUAAACAACUAUUGGCAGAAAUCCAAUCCGUGUCUGACAAAUCACCUACACAUCAUUCAAACGUUGUCGACCAAGAUACCGACAGAAACUACAGACAGGCUGUUAAACCAUCAAUGACAGAAAUCCUGUCAGUGUAUGACAAAUUACCUACACAACAUACACACGGGGUCGACCAAGAUACCGACAGACAUAACAGAAGUGCAGUUAAAAUCUCCUCAGCAGCAAGUCAUUGUGUAAAGGGCAAAACACUACUCAUGAGUACAAGGGAUGACGAAAGACAUAACAGCAAGGCUGUUAAACAAUCCUCAGCAGCAAGCCGUGCCUUAUAUGACGAUUCAUCUAUACGACAUACACGCGUUGUCGACAAAGAUACCGACAGAUAUAGCAACAAGGCUGUUAAUCAGUCCUCGGCAACAAUCCGUUCCUUACAUGACGAUUCAUCUACACGACAUACACGCGUUGUCGACAAAGAUACCGACAGAUAUAGCAACGAGGCUGUUAAUCAGUCCUCGGCAACAAUCCGUUCCUUACAUGACGAUUCAUCUACACGACAUACACGCGUUGUCGACAAAGAUACCGACAGAUAUAGCAACAAGACUGUUAAUCAGUCCUCGGCAACAAUCCGUUCCUUAUAUGACGAUUCAUUUACACGACAUACACGCGUUGUCGACAAAGAAACCAACAAACAUAGCAACAAGGCUGUUGAACAAUAUUCGACAACAAGCCGUUCCUUACAUGACGAUUCAUCUACACCACAUACACGCGUUGUCGACAAAGAUACCGACAGAUAUAGCAACAAGGCUGUUAAUCAGUCCUCGGCAACAAUCCGUUCCUUAUAUGACGAUUCAUCUACACGACAUACACGCGUUGUCGAAAAAGAAACCAACAAACAUAGCAACAAGGCUGUUGAACAAUAUUCGACAACAAGCCGUUCCUUACAUGACGAUUCAUCUACACCACAUACACGCGUUGUCGACCACGAUACCGACAGACAUAGCAACAAGGCUAUUGAACAAACCUCGACAACAAGCCUUUCCUUAUAUGACGAUUCAUCUACACCACAUACACGCGUUGUCGACCAAGAUAUCGACAGGCAUAACAGCAAGGCAGUUAAACAAACCUCGACAACAAUCCUUUCCUUAUAUGACGAUUCAUCUACACGACAUACACGCAUUGUCGACCUAGAUACCGACAUUCAUAAAAGCAAGCCUGUUAAACAAUCCUUGAUGUCAAGCCUUUCCUUAUAUGACGAUUCAUCUACACCACAUACACGCGUUGUCGACCAAGAUAUCGACAGGCAUAACAGCAAGGCAGUUAAACAAACCUCGACAACAAGCCUUUCCUUAUAUGACGAUUCAUCUAUACGACAUACACGCAUUGUCGACCUAGAUACCGACAUACAUAAAAGCAAGCCUGUUAAACAAUCCUUGACGUCAAGCCGUUCCUUAUAUGGCGAUUCAUCUACACCACAUACACGCGUUGUCGACCUAGAUACCGACAGGCAAAGCCACAAGGCUGUUGAACAAUCCUUGGCAACAAGCCGUUCCUUACAUGACGAUUCAUCUACACGACAUGCACGCGUUGUCGACCACGAUACCGACAGACAUAACAGCAAGGCUGUUAAACAAUCCUUGGCAACAAGCCGUUCCUUAUAUGACGAUUCAUCUACACGACAUACACGCGUUGUCGACCACGAUACCGACAGACAUAACAGCAAGGCUGUUAAACAAUCCUUGGCAACAAGCCGUUCCUUACAUGACGAUUCAUCUACACGACAUACACGCGUUGUCGACCACGAUACCGACAGACAUAACAGCAAGGCUGUUAAACAAUCCUUGGCAACAAGCCGUUCCUUAUAUGACGAUUCAUCUACACGACAUACACGCGUUGUCGAUCACGAUACCGACAGGCAAAGCCACAAGGUUGAUGAACAAUCCUUGGCAACAAGCCGUUCCUUACAUGACGAUUCAUCUACACGACAUGCACGCGUUGUCGAACACGAUACCGACAGACAUAACAGCAAGGCUGUUAAACAAUCCUCGGCAACAUGCCGUUCCUUAUAUGACGAUUCAUCUACACCACAUACAUGCGUUGUCGACCAAGAUACCGACAGACAUUACAGCAAGACUGUUAAACAAUCCGCGGCAAUAUACCGUUAUGCGUAA